AUGAACAGUCAAGGUGAGCAGGUGAUGGUGGAGGAAUCUUCGGCUUUGCUGACGGAAAAUAAUGGGAGUCUUGCAACGAAACUGAGGUCGGGAAAGCCAUGGAGUGGUCACAUACAUAAGAACCUUGGAAUGCAAGAAGCACUCGACCACAGCAGGGAGAAGGGGUUCAAAUCGAUGACUUUAAUGAAAAGCUAUUAUAAUAAGAGUACAAACUUGAAGUCACAGACUUCAGACUCUACGCAUAGUAAUAAUAAUACUCCCUGGAGAUCUAGCUUCGGGGAUAAUAUGCUCAGCUUCUUCGUAUAA